CGCGGCACUUCAAAUAGUGUUUCUGAGCGACGCUAGCGUCGCUCCUCGUCAGUUUUAUGCAAGCUCUUCCCAUCUCUGUCUGCUCUCUGCCCUACAGCACCCGGUUCCAAAGACGUGGCCCCCCUAAGCGACGGAACCCAGCUAACCUCUCCUACCCCCAGCUGUCUCCCUGCAAUAACUGCACAGUUGCUGGAGGACUUUGGAACUGCCAGUCUGCUUCAAAGAAGGCUGAUUUCAUCUCAGCCUAUGCCUCCCUGCUCUCCCUUGAUUUCCUUGCCCUCACUGAGACAUGGAUCACCCCAGAGAACACUGCAACCCCUGCUGCCCUCUCCUCUUUCUUUUCAUUCUCCCACACUCCCCGACCAUCAGGCCGUGGUGGUGGCACUGGUCUUCUAAUCUCUCCCUCCUGGAAAUACUCAGCCCUACCUCUCUCUGACCUACCCCGAUUCAGUUUUGAAUACCAUUCUGUUUCAAUCACCUGUCCAACUAAUCUAUACAUUGUUGUCAUUUAUCGCCCCCCAGGUCCACUGGGAAACUUCAUCGAUGAGCUGGAUAUCCUACUCAGCUCUUUCCCUGAGGACGGCACCCCACUGAUCCUGCUUGGAGAUUUCAACCUCCACCUGGAAACAUCUCAGUCUUCAGCUGUCCUACAUCUCCUCCACUCCUUUGACCUCUCCCUACAGUCAUCUCCCCCUACCCACAAGGCGGGCAACCUCCUCGACCUGGUUUUUCUGAGGAAUAGCCCUUGCACCGAUAUCACUGUAACCCCUCUGCACACCUCUGACCACCACUUCGUUUCCUUCUCCCUCCCCCUUGCUCCCUCUCACCCACCUUCUCCCCCCACACCCACUGUAUCUGUCCGCCGCAAUCUCUGCUCCCUCUCAACCUCCUCUCUUGCUUCAUCUGUCACUGCUGCCCUCCCUCCUCUCGAAUCCUUCACUACCCUCCCCACUGAUUCUGCAUCCACCUCCCUACUUUCCUCCCUUACAUCUGCUCUUGACUCCCUCUGCCCCACUGUCUCUAGGCCAACACGUCCAUCUCCUCCCCGCCCGUGGAUGUCCAAUGCCAUACGCACCUCCAGGGUUGGACUCCGUGCAGCAGAGAGGAAGUGGAGGACAUCCAGAGAUGCUUCAGACCUCUCUGCCUACCAAUCCCUCCUUGCAGCGUUCUCCUCCACGGUGACUGCUGCCAAGGCAAUCUCACCCGAGAUUCUCCCAUUCAUCACCUCCCUGGUUAACUCCUCCCUGACAUCCGGCUGCUUCCCGUCAACCUUCAAGAAGGCCCUCAUCUCCCCCCUCCUGAAAAAGACUACACUAGACCCCUCCAUCAUUGGGAACUACAGACCGAAUGAGCUCCUCGAUCCCCAUCAGUCUGGAUUCAGACCAGGCCACUCGACAGAGACCGCACUCCUCUCUGUCAACGAAGCUCUCCACGCAGCCCGAGCAGCCUCCCUCUCCUCCGUCUUAUUACUUCUGGACCUAUCGGCAGCCUUCGACACAGUCGACCACCCCACCCUCCUGUCCUCCCUAUCUGCAAUGGGGAUCUGUGGCACAGUCCUCAAUUGGAUUGAGUCUUACCUCUCAGAUCGCUCCUUCCAGGUAGCCUGGGCUGGUAAAGUAUCUGCGCCACACCCCCUCACCACCGGAGUCCCACAGGGCUCGGUCCUUGGUCCUCUCCUCUUCUCUCUCUACACCCAGUCCCUUGGCCCUGUCAUCACAGCUCAUGGUAUGUCUUACCAUUGCUAUGCUGAUGACACACAACUGUUUCUCUCCUUCCCACCCUCUGACACACAGGUCUCAGCCCGCAUCACUGCCUGCCUGAGUGAUAUUCAGAGCUGGAUGGUCCGCCACCAUCUCAAGCUCAAUCCAGGUAAGACAGAGCUCAUUUAUAUUCCGGCUCUUAACUCCCCUCUCUCUGAUCUCUCUAUCUCCCUAGGUAAUACCAUCCUCACACCAUCACCCUCAACUAGAAACCUUGGCGUGGUGAUGGACAACAGACUGUCCCUCACCGAGCACAUUUCAGCAGUGACACGUUCAUGCAGGUUCUUCCUGUAUAACAUCCGGAGGAUCCGCCCCUUCCUCACAACUUACUCGACCCAACUCCUCGUCCAGGCAGUGGUCCUGUCCCGCCUGGACUACUGUAACUCCCUGCUUGCUGGCCUCCCAGCAUCAUCUAUCAGACCCCUGCAACUGUUCAUCUACAACUAG